GAGGAGCACAUUUGGCUCAACCUCAGAGGUUUCAGAACCAAACAAACCUACUUUUUAAACCUCGGCCAGACAGAACCGGAACCCUGGGUCCUCUCCGUGUUAGCCCAGCAGAGCCGAUGGACCAGCUUUCCAACCGGUCAGGAGUGGGCAGUGACGAUAUCACGGAUGAAACAGGAUCCCUGCUGGAUGUCCAGUUGAGCUCGGAUGAAGAUAGCUCCGAUGCUCUGGGUCCAUGUCUCGCUGUGCCUCAGUCUCCUCUGCCAAGCUACAAACAGAGGGUGGAGGAGUUUAAGAGGCUGUUCAAGGAGCUGCCUGACUCAGAAAUACUCAUUUUAGACUAUCCCUGCGCCCUCCACCGGGACAUCCUCCUUCAGGGACGCCUCUUCCUCUCAGAGAACUGGAUCUGUUUCUACAGCUAUGUGUUUCGUGGUACAAAGAUUACACUGUCUCUCAAAGAUAUAACCACAAUGUCCAGAGAGAAAACGGCUCGACUGAUCCCCAACGCCAUCCAGAUCUGCACGCAUACCGAGAAGUAUUUCUUCGCUUCCUUCUCGGCAAGAGAGAAAAGCUAUCUGAGUGUUUUCCGCAUAUGGCAGAACACUCUGCUAGACAAGACUUUGACGUGCCCGGAGCUGUGGCAGAUGAUCAAACAGCACUAUGGCUAUGAUCUGGGCCUGAACAAUGAGGAGAUGGAGAGUUUACAGGUGUUAAUAGAAUCAACUGGGCAGACCAGCCUGCAGCAGAAGUUCAGCGGUGGCGUUGAUGAAGGUCUUGGGAGACUGGAGCGGCCCAACAGCCUCCGUCUCCCAGUGGUGGAGCAUGUUCCGUUGCAGAGCUCCACACCUCAAGGAGAGGAGAUGCCUUCACCCAUCAGCUCACCAAGAACAACCAACACGGAUGAGUCUCUUAACACCCCGUCCCUACACCGAACUCCGACUCUUCCAUUGGAGCGACACCUUGCAGAAAGGCUCUCCAAGCGUUCCACUCAGUCCCUCGACCUCAACGCCAAUGAGAACUUGUUGGAGCAAAGCGGCUCAGAAACCAAUGAAGAAGUGGAGGAUCGAAUGGACAAGUCCGAGGAACCUGGGCGACUGUACCUUAACAAGGUUUUCCACAUGAGCGCAAGCAAAAUGUUUGCACUGCUCUUCACAGACUCCAGCUUCACUCAAAGGUUUAUGGAAAUCCGCAGGAUAACGAAUCCGAGCUCUACUGCCUGGCAGAAGGAUGACUCAGGAAAUGACAAGCGGGUCAUGAACUACACUAUAACCAUCAAUAACCCCCUUAUUGGGAAGUUCUCCACCGCUACAGAGUACCAGACUCUGUCCAAAGAAUCCAGGGAGGGUCAGUAUUACCAGGUGGAUGCUGUGGUGCACACUCAUGACGUCCCCUACCAUGAUCACUUCUACACACAGAACCGCUACUAUAUCAUACGAGUCUCCAAACGGAAAAGUCGACUAAGGGUGUACUCUGAUGUGAAGUACAGCAAACCAACAUUUGGUCUAAUCAAAACCUUCAUUACAAAAAACUCCUGGAGUGGCAUUGAAGACUAUUUUAGACAACUGGAAGCUGAACUGCUGGAAGAGGAGGCAGAGAUGAACCAAGCAGUUGGAGAGUCUGGAAAAGCUGGGCUCCGCAGGAGGAGGCGAACGUUCAGCCGGACGCUACUGGAUCAUGGAAAGCCCGGCAAGCAGUCAGUGCGGGAUCCUGACGACAGAGAUGGAAACAUGGGCCCCUUGGAUACCACAGGCCCACAGAGAUGGAGCACUACUGCAAUAGUUCUUAGCAUGAGUGUAAUUCUGCUGAUCCUGAUGGUAGUCAAUCUGGGCUUGUUUUUCAAGCUGUGGGCCAUGGAAGACGUGGCUCACCGCAUGUACCUCACGACAAAGCAUCGGCUCAGGGAGCGGAUGGAAACCAGCUUUGGACCACAGUAUGGUCCCAAGCCAUUGCCAGGAUUCAGGACAAUUGAGGACAUGCAGCUGCUAAAAACUGUCCUGCAGGACUCCAUUCUUCUUCUAGAACAACUCCGUACCUCUCUAGUUGUGCUCCAGCAGAAUUUUGCUAUGGCCAAUCAAACAGCAACUCAGCAGUGACCUCAUCCCAACUGCACUUAAAGAAGCUGCGUUCACAUCUGUGCUAAAAGAGCAACAGACUGCUGCAGCAGACUCCCUCAGAGGAGGCCUGGUAUCCAAAACUUUGUUGCUCCACUGGCGUCCCCAGACUCCAGACAUACCAUGCGUUGCCAGAGUUACAAGCCAGCACCCCAGGAUGAUUUUUAUUUUUAUUUUUAAACUGAGCUGCUAUUGAGGGAAAGCUUGUGCAGCAGGUGCAAACUUCUUCAGGGUUCUCCGUUUUUAAAGCAGUGGCAUAUUAUUCCUCCAUUUUACCCAGAGAUGUACCACUAGUGUAAAUAUUUAUUUUACUUUUGUUUUUAGUGUUGGUACAUGCAUUACUAUUUAAGAAUUUUAAUUUUUGCACAAGUCUUGUGAAUAUCUCUGAAUCUUUAACUCGAAUAAAACUGUGACUUCUUAAGCUUGAAGGUUUUAUUUUAAUUUUAGCAAACAUAAAUCAUGUAAAUUAAAAGUUUGGCUCAGGUGUUUGGUUUAUUGUAUACAUUUAAUUUAUAUUUCAGGGCCCAUGUCACUGUGUAUAAUUUAGAUUUAUUUUCUUCUAUGUUUUGAUUUUUAAGUGUAAAGGAAAAAUAUUUUCUUUUUUUAAAUUUUUUAUUUUUUAAAUCAGUUGUUGGUGAAGCACAAUACAGUUGAGCCAGGUUUAUUGUUUACAAUGUUUUUAUCCUGAAUGUUAAAGGAACAGCAGUUUCAUUCUGCUCCUUCACAGCCUGUAUUUAUAUUAAACCAUCUGUGCUUUUUACAUUAAAGUGAUUUUUUUUUUCCCUCUGUUUUUGUAUAUAUUUAUCCCUUCAUUUAUCACUGCAGAUGUUAAGUGUUCAAAGUGAAAUCAAGCUGAUUGAAGGACUUAUAGUUUGGACUCUGUGGUAUUCUUGAAUGCUAGGUGGACUUCAUAUUGUUCUUGAAAUGGGAACGAAUAAAUGAUUCAAUGAAACUGAA